GAUUUUAGCGGCUAUGCCCACGGUGAGGAAACGUCAGAGAAAUUGGCCGUGAAUUUUCACUUUUUCUUUUUAGAAGUCCUGUUUCUGUUGCUGUAUGCCCGAGUCUAGGUUGCCUUUUGGGAUAGUUGAGUUCGUGAUUAUUUUAGAAAGCAGUUGAACCUACUUUUAUAGCCAUAUUUUAGUGAAAAAAAUGUCAAGGUGAAGUGCCCUUGUGAAGACGUCGUCUGCAGGUGAUCAGAUCCAAGUUAAUUAUCUCUAAUCAGAAUUAAAACGAAAUAAGCGAUGGCAUCAAAUGAAGCGAACAAGAACCAAGGGAUUGACGGAAUUGAAGAUGCAAUGGGAGAGCUAAUGAGCUCUGAAAAUUACAUCAUUGUUGACAUUGGAGCUAACCUCACCAAUAAGAAGUUCACAAGGGACCUAGACUCUGUUGUAUCAAGAGCUCGAGAUGCAGGAGUUCACAAGAUCAUGGUAACGGGCAUUACAGUACAGAGCAGUAAGGAAGCACUACGCCUAACCCGCCUCUUCCCAGAAACAUUAUACUCGACUGCAGGAGUACACCCACAUGAAGCGAAAACUUGGGAUGACGAAACAGAAGAGGCUCUACGAGAAUUGGCUGCCAACCAAGAGGUGGUAGCCAUAGGUGAGUGCGGACUGGACUUCAAUCGAAACUUCUCUCCUCAAGAUGUCCAGCUUGAGGUCUUUGAAAAGCAGGUCUCCCUAGCAUGCGAGUUGAGAAAACCACUUUUUGUACACGAAAGAGAUGCCCAUAAGGAGGUGCUGGAGGUGUUGGGGAAAUACAAAGCACGUCUUCCUCCUGUGGUGAUUCACUGCUUCACAGGGGAUGCCACACAAGCAGCUGCCUACCUCAAAGAAGGAUGUUACAUUGGUCUUACAGGCUAUGUAUGGAAAGACAAAUCUGAGGAUGGUGUAAGGAGAAUUUUAGAGGAUGGAGUAGUCCCACUGGACAGACUCCUUGUUGAAACUGAUUCGCCAUUCAUGUACCCCAAUACUCGUGCCUCCAAGUUACCUCCAUAUGUCAAAGAGGCACUCACGGAAAGAUCUUUGACGUUUCUUCACCGAUACUGUACCUUCCAACGUAACGAACCUUGCUCUCUGCCAGUAACUAUUGAGAUGAUUGCAGCUUAUAUGAAAAAGAAAUCUGAGCAGGUAGCUCUCCAAACAACCUUCAAUGCUUUAAAGGUGUUUGGCCUGAGCACAUGAGAAACUGGCCACUGAAUAACUUUUUCUUCUUUCAAAUUAAAAAAUUGAUUGUACUUGGUGUACUUUUGCUCUGUUACUUGAAACAGUUGUGUGAAAGAUAUACCAUGUUUUUCCUCCAAAAAGAACAAGAUUGCAGGUAAAGUCAUUGCCCACUUGGUCUACAAUUGGGUUGCUUCCUUUUUAUAUUUUUUUCAAUCUUUCUCUCUCUUCUUUUUUUUUUUACCCCACAACAAAGAAGAUUUUUUCACCAAUGCAUUUUGAGGGUGUGGCUUCCAUGUGGUGUUUAUUGCUUGAUGUAGUUGCUAAUGAAAUCAAUUCAAGUCUUACCAAAGCACUUGUUGAUUUGCAAUCUGUGACAUAAAAGCUUUUUCUGUUUCCUUAUUGUCAAGGGCUCUAUCAGAGCUAUAGACCAUAUAGAGUGUCACAUUCAUGCAGCUAUUUUUUUUUUGUUUUUUUCUUAUUAUAGAAUCAAAGAUUUUGUACCUUCUGGCAAGGUCUGCCUGCUUGUAGCAAUUUGAUUAUAUCCCAAGGUUAUCACUUGGUUCCACAAUUUUGCAUGGUGGAUAACAGAGAGAGGUAAUUGUGUGAUAGCUAUCACAUGUUAUAGUUAAAGAUUAAGUUGCAUCACAAUGUUACCAUUAGAUAAUUGGUCUUAUCCUUUUGUGCUGCCAGGUCAAGAAUAUGACUUAGUGCUGGUAUUACUGUGGACUUCAACUGCAGCUUAUAAAUCAGUCAGUGCUAGUAAUACUCUUUAAUAUUAAGGGUAAAGUAAUCAAAGCCCGCACCCUUUCAGACACCACUUAUGGUUGUUGUGGGUCUUUGUCAUGCUAGAGCAGUAGAAGAGAAUAAAGUGUUUGCAGCUCUAAGUGGUAUAAAAAUCACUUGCAACAAGUUUAUGAUCAGAAUGUGUUCUUUUUGUGUGCUAUGGUAGUCAGAAAAGCAGAAUUAAGCUGCAAGAUGACAGAAAUGAAAAUAAAUCAAUGAAAAUUUUCAUCCAUUCACAAUAACAUCAUAAUAUAUCUGAAUUUAUUUUUGAAAGAAAAAUAAAAGUUCCUCAGAAGUUUUUAAUUGAUUAAUAUCACUUAUUUUUUUAAAUAUCAGUCUCUAAUUAGAUAUUCUAUACUUUGUAAUCUAAAAGGAAUUUAACAUUGUGAUAAGUGAUGGUGCUUCUUAUGUGAUGUUACUGUUGGUAUCAUAGUUUGAUAAUGAUGAAUGUAAAAGUGCCUAAACCAAAAUUAUAUUUCUCAGUAUUA